CCCCAAUUCCUCCCUGAAGUGACCACUGCAUGACUCGAGGCUGAGUCCAUCGAUUGCUCAAAAGUCCACGGGCGACCUUGUUCACCAUUCUUUCUCUCUGGCGACGUGCUUUACGUCCUACUCGUCUGACGGGUUGUAACACUACACGAACGAUGGCGUCGUCCGCAACGAUCGAGCUCGCACAGACGGGCAAGCGCGACCUGCUCAUCUCGCUCGAGAAGAAGUACCAGGAAAGGUGGAAGCGGGAACGUCUCUUCGAGGCCAAUGCACCGACGCCGGAGGAGACAGCAGGGCUUUCGCAGGCUGAAAUCAGGGAGAAGUUCCCCAAGUGGUUUGGCAACUUUCCGUACCCGUACAUGAAUGGCUCACUGCAUCUCGGACAUGCUUUCUCAAUCUCAAAAAUCGAGUUCUCGGCCGGAUACCAUCGUCUGCUCGGAAAGAGGGUUCUUUUCCCUCUUGGAUUUCACUGUACGGGUAUGCCAAUCAAGGCAGCUUCCGACAAAAUCACGCGCGAAAUCGAGAUGUUCGGGCCCGACUUCUCCGGCUUCAAGCCUGACGAUGAGUCUGCAGCAGAAGAGGUAAUCAACACAUCGUCCGUGACGCCAAAAUCCGCCGACAAGGCCAAGAAGGGCAAGGUGGCAGCAAAGGCUACCGGUCUGCAGUACCAGUUCCAGAUCAUGGAGUCGAUGGGCAUCCCUCGCGAGGAGAUCCCCAAGUUCGCCGACCCGUACUACUGGCCGAAGUACUUCCCGCCAAUCUGCAUGGCAGACAACGACGCAUUCGGCUCGCGUAUCGACUGGCGACGCUCGUUUAUCACAACGGACGCGAACCCGUACUACGACGCAUUCCGGUACACGAUUUACAGCCCGAAGGACGGCCAGCCGUGCAUGGACCACGACCGAUCGGAGGGGGAGGCGCUCGGUCCGCAGGAGUACACUGGAAUCCGCAUGGAGGUCACUCAGUGGAGCGAGGCGGCAAAGGCAGAGAUCGAGAGCAAAGUUGGCGGGCGUAAGGUGUUCCUCGUUGCGGCGACUCUCCGACCAGAGACGAUGUACGGCCAGACGAACUGCUUCGUCGGUACGGCGAUCAAGUAUGGUGUGUUCGCGAUCAACGACCAGGAGGCAUACGUCUGCACGUACCGUGCUGCGCGUAACAUGGCGUAUCAGGGCAUCAUGACCGUGCACGGGCAGCUCACCCAGCUCGCUGAGGUCGAGGGGACGGCGCUGGUCGGCACGAAGAUUAAGGCGCCAUUCUCGGUCUACCCCGAGGUGUACGUGCUCCCCAUGGAGAACGUCCUCGCGACAAAAGGUACCGGUGUCGUCACGUCCGUGCCAUCCGACUCGCCCGACGACUACACGACGUACAUGGAUCUGCGUAAAAAGGCCGAGUACUACAAGGUUGAUCCCUCAUGGAUCACGUUUGAGCCCGUGCCGCUGAAGAUCCGGUCGCAGAAGGACAUCAAACAACUCGCCGAGGCGAAGGAGAUCGCUUACAAGGAGGGCUUCUACAGCGGGACGAUGGUCAUCGGCGAGUUCAAGGGCAUGGCGGUGCAGGAAGCAAAAAUGAAGGUGCGCGAUAGUAUGAUCGAGCAGGGUCUUGCGUUUGCGUACGCCGAGCCCGAGGGCAUGGUCGUGUCGCGCAGCUCAGAUGAGUGUGUCGUCGCGUUGAUGGACCAGUGGUACUUGGAUUACGGCGAGCCCACGUGGCGGGCACAGGCUGAGAAGGUGCUGGCCAAGAUGGAGACCUACCACUCGGAGACACGCAAUGCCUUCGAGGGCGUACUCGCUUGGCUCAACAAGUGGGCGUGCGCCCGAAGUUACGGUCUCGGGUCCAAGUUGCCUUGGGAUCCCUCGUUCCUCGUCGAGAGUCUGAGCGAUUCCACGAUCUACAUGGCGUACUACCCGAUUGUGCACUUCCUUCAAGGCAACAUCGACGGCAGCAAGCGUGGUACUCUUGACAUUGCUCCUGAGCAGAUGACCGACGAGGUCUGGGAGUACCUCUACCGCAACGGCCCAUGGCCCGAUCCGGCACCUGUCGAGAAGGAGAAGAUCGACAUCAUGAAGCGCGAGUACGACUACUUCUACCCCUUCGAGGUCCGCUCGUCCGGCAAGGACCUGAUCCCGAACAACCUCACGUUCUGCCUGUACAAUCACGCCGCGCUAUUCCCUGAGGACAAGUGGCCGCUGUCUAUGCGGACGAACGGCCACCUCAUGGUCAACGGGCAGAAGAUGUCGAAGAGCAAGGGCAACUCGAUGACGAUGCGUCAGUGCGUGGAGAAGUUCGGUGCAGAUGCUGCGCGGCUGUGUAUAGCAGAUGCUGGCGAUGGUAUCGAGGACGCCAACUUUGACGAAAAGACGGCAAACGCUAACAUCCUUCGCCUGCAUACGCUGAUGUCAUGGUGUGAAGAAAUGACUGUCGAGCAAGACAAACUGCGCAAGGGUGCCAGAAAUUAUCAUGACCGCUUGUUCGAGGAGGAAAUUUUCAACCUCAUCAACAUUACAAAGCAAUGUUUCGAGGAAAUGCAAUACAAGGACGCCCUCAAGUUUGGCUUCUACGAGCUUCAGUCUGCUCGCGACUGGUACCGUGAGGUCACUGGCGAUGUCGGCAUGCAUGCAGAGUUGCUCAGCUGGUGGAUCCGAGUUGCCGCACUGAUGAUCUGCCCCAUCGCACCCCACUUCUCCGAACAUGUCUGGACGUCCGUCCUCAAAGAGCCACAGUCCGUACAGCUUGCGCGAUGGCCAGAGUCUAGGUCGACGGACCAGUCGAUACUUGACGCAGGCCAGUACAUGCGGGGUACCAUCAAGACCAUGCGUGAUGCCGAGCUCGCCCUCCUCAAGAAGAUGAACAAGGGCAAGCAGGGGCAGGCGACGUAUGACCCCAGCAAGCCUCGUGCCGUCCGCGUCUACGUCACGACCGACUUCCCCGAAUGGCAGAACCAGUGCGUGGAGGCGGUGAAGGAGGCGUACGUGCCCGAGGACGAUAAGGUCGACGACGUGAAGGUCCGAGAGUUGCUGACGAAGCGUGGCCUGAUCAAGGACAAGCGCGCGAUGCCCUUCGUGCAGCUUUUCAAAAGGAAGAUGUCCCAGUUCGGCGCUCAGAACACAUUCAACCGUAGGCUGCCCUUCUCGGAGACAGAAGUGCUCGGAGAGAUCCUGCCGUAUCUGAAGAAGACCUUGGACCUUGUCGACGCUGAGAUCUACACCACUGAGGAAGCUCUGGCAAAGGCGGGGCAAGGAGGAUUCAACAAGUUGAUCAUCGAGACCGCAGAGCCUGGAAAUCCUGCUUUCGAAUAUCGUAACGUAUAGAAACUCACAUAGAUGUAGGCUACACUAAUCUUGCUGUCGAACAAUCGCAUGAAACGGGGACGUAUGCUCUGAAACAGUGAAACCACCAAUGACUCGUUGGAUGCAGACGAAUGUAUCCAGUCUUACUGCCACAAUGUGCCGCAAUACAGGUAUGUAGGAAAACGCGA